UCGACAACGAGGCAGAAAAGAAGGUUUAGGUUUGAAAAAAAAGGGGAAGGAAAGGAAGCAGGUGGCUGGCGGGAUCAAGAAGCGUGGAAGGAAAGUGAUUGGGGAAUGGGCAAUCUGAGGAGGGAGAAUACGCGACGCUGAAAAAGAGGAAGAAGAUGGUGUGAAGGAAAAGAGAAGAAGGAUUUACGUUUUGGCGAAGAUAAAUAUUCAUUAGGGAUUAGGCAGCUCUUCUUAAAAGGAAGUAGAAGACUAACAUUAUUAACUCGUUACUGCUCGGUAAUACAAUCAAAAGACUUAUCACUGAAAAUGGAUAAACACCCCCUGGAUUCAAACCCAAACCCGAUUAACCAGUCCCAGUCUCAGUUUCCAUCGCACACGCCGCCUGUUCACCAGAUGGAAGCAGAUGACGAUGAUGAGAACGUGAAGCAGCUCAAAGAAUGUUCUGCUCUCUAUUUGUCGUUACAGGACUGUCUUGUUCAGAAUAAUAGGAAUUGGAAAUCUUGUCAGAAAGAGGUUGGAGCUUUGAAGGCAUGUAAUGAAAGGAGGAAGAAAUGAGCAAGUGAAGGGAAGGUUGGAUCACAAAAUAUGAUUUUGAAAUUUGGAUUACAGAUUAUACAUGAAAUUUUUGUUCUUAUAACAAGAUAUAUAAUAUGAGCUCUCUGAUUUUCUAAA